CGCCAAAAAUCAAUCACAUCCCAGUAGUCUUGCUACACAAACUGCCUGCAGGGCAAUGCUGUCGCCUUCAGUGCAACCCAGGAUGUGUAUAAUGUUCCUGUUGUGUAGAUGUGUGUAUGUUUGUUCAUAAACAGUGUUAAUUUCCAGGGAAGGGCUGUGGCUGGAACUAUGGCUGCUCUGCAGGGGGGCUGGCAGCAUUGCUUUUUAAAAAGAUGGCAGGAAAACAUAAAUCCUAAAAUUUUGCUGCUACAGUUUUAAGUCCACAUCUAAGUGAGUGUUGCAGGCAAGUGUACAUUGCCGUCAUGAAUGAAGUAAGCAUUGUGAAGGAAGGUUGGCUGCACAAAAGAGGUGAAUACAUCAAGACCUGGCGUCCCCGCUACUUCCUCCUCAAAACUGACGGUACUUUCAUUGGGUACAAAGAGCGUCCACAGGAUGUUGACCAGUUGGAAACUCCUUUAAAUAAUUUCUCUGUAGCCAAAUGUCAGCUGAUGAAGACAGAACGACCAAAACCAAACACAUUUAUCAUUCGGUGCCUCCAGUGGACCACAGUAAUUGAAAGAACAUUUCAUGUGGAUUCUCCUGAGGAGCGGGAAGAAUGGAUUCAGGUUAUACAACAUGUAGCCGACAACCUUAAGAAACAGGAAGAAGAAAUGAUGGAGGUUCGGUCUGGCGACUCCCCAAGCGAUAACUCUGGAGCCGAGGAAAUGGAAGUUUCUCAUUCGAAACCAAAACAUAAAGUAACAAUGAAUGAAUUUGAGUAUCUCAAGCUUUUGGGGAAAGGAACAUUUGGGAAAGUUAUUUUAGUCAAAGAGAAAGCAACAGGAAGAUAUUACGCUAUGAAAAUUUUAAAAAAAGAAGUUAUUGUUGCAAAGGAUGAAGUAGCUCACACGCUAACAGAAAACCGCGUCCUGCAGAAUUCUAGGCAUCCCUUCCUAACAGCACUGAAAUAUUCCUUUCAGACACAUGAUCGCUUAUGUUUUGUCAUGGAGUAUGCCAAUGGAGGAGAGUUAUUCUUCCACUUAUCAAGAGAACGUAUAUUCUCUGAAGAUCGUGCCCGGUUUUAUGGGGCAGAGAUUGUUUCUGCUUUAGAUUAUCUUCAUUCUGAGAAAAAUGUAGUUUACAGAGACUUAAAGUUGGAAAAUCUAAUGCUGGACAAAGAUGGACACAUAAAGAUAACUGAUUUUGGCCUGUGCAAGGAAGGAAUAAAAGACGGAGCAACCAUGAAGACGUUCUGUGGCACACCAGAAUAUCUCGCUCCUGAGGUGCUAGAAGAUAAUGACUAUGGCCGUGCUGUAGACUGGUGGGGCUUGGGCGUAGUGAUGUACGAGAUGAUGUGUGGGCGCCUCCCUUUCUACAAUCAAGACCAUGAAAAAUUGUUUGAACUUAUCCUUAUGGAAGAGAUUAGAUUUCCACGCACUUUAUUGCCAGAAGCAAAGUCUUUGCUGUCUGGUUUGUUGAAGAAGGACCCUAAGCAAAGGUUAGGCGGCGGGCCAGACGAUGCUAAAGAAAUCAUGCAACACAAAUUUUUUGCUGGAAUUGUAUGGCAAGAUGUUUAUGAGAAGAAGAUGCUGUCAGUGGUCACAAAACAAAGCAAAGUUGAACUUAUACCUCCAUUUAAGCCACAAGUAACGUCAGAAACAGACACAAGGUAUUUUGAUGAGGAAUUCACAGCGCAAAUGAUCACCAUAACACCACCUGACCAAGAUGACAAUUUAGAAUUUGUUGACAACGAGAGAAGACCGCACUUCCCCCAGUUUUCAUACUCUGCUAGUGGAAAUGCUUAGCUCCUCGGCAACUGUCUCUUUUCCAUUGCAACACAGACAUCAUUUUGGGGCACCUAAGAUCAUCAGACUUUGUACAGGACUUUCAAUAGCCUAUGAAUUACAAACUAUGUUUGUAUGACCAUAAAGAAGGAUUUAGAGAAUGUCUGAAAAUGAAGUCUGUAUGUGAACCAGUUCUCUCAUUUCACAUUUACAAAGAAACCCAGGCCAUCCUUGAAAGAUUUCUCAUGUAUGUAUGGCAGUACAUACAUAUGUCAACGUUAAUAUUAUGUGUCGGAUGAUUCCACACAGGCUGAGAAUGUGCUCAUCACCUAUCAACUGAACAAAUGAAGAGUGAGCAUAUCAUAAAUUAAAAUAAAGUUAAUAUCUUCAUGCCCGCCCUGGUUAUCCCACAACAUCAGCAACAUUUGCUUUUCUUUUUUUUUUUUUAUUAUAAUUAUUUUUAAUUUAUUUCAUAGGUUUAAAUAUUCAAACUGUGGGCAAUUGGAUUGUAGUUAGGAAAUAUUAAAAGGUAUAGUAGAUAGUGCAAUAAUAGAAAAUGAACAUGUUUUGAGUACUUUAGUCACUUUUUAUAACCGUGAAAUGUCAUUAAAUGGCAAACCAACAAGAGGACCAGCAUUUAUAGCCUCAGUGAGGUAUAUAAUCAAACAAGAGUUCUUAUCUUGCUGUAGAAAGACAAUACAUAUCAGUCAGGCUUAGCAAAGUGAGUACAUUUCUUUUCCCGUAGCAUGCGUGAUGAGAUUUUGGGUUUUCUAGCAAAACUGCCAGUACCUCCACAGUUAUAACCCUAAAUGGUAAAUCUAAUAUACCCAUUACUUCCAGGCUACCGCAGCAGAGCAGGGAUAUCCUCCAUACGCCUCCCAGCAUCCCUGUCUGCUAACGCCCACAAAACGCCCCAUCCAUAUUGGAGAGCAUGAAUCUAAAUAACUACUCAAACAGUGAGGAAACCCUAGCGAAAAGGAAAGUGCCGAUGUGCUUAGAAUCACUUCACUGUCUGAUCAGAAACACAAAAACAAAGGAAAACAGAACACUACGUCUCUAUGAAUAGUGGGAUCGUUUCUCGUGCUUAAAGUCUUUCACUUUAUUGCAUACGCAACAGAAGUCUGAAACUGAAACCGUUCUUGUUUGGAACUACAGCUCGAAGUGCUAAAGAUGUUGUACAAAAUGAGAGGUCUUGAAAGUGAAAUGAAAAAAUAAAAUGCUUGUUGUGUGUUACAUUUAGGGGGUUUUAAGAGAUGUCAUUUAAAGCAGCAGAAACUGUGUUAUUGUCAUUGCUCCUCCAUCUGCCCCUUCCAAAUUAAGGCAAAAUAAUGUUAAAAUACAAGUUGCAUUAACAAUGUUGAAUAUUUAUAGACAAGUUCCCAGCGCUUGAUAGGAAUUUAGGCAUAUGCUGUUAUUCAGAAGGGUGAGGGAAGGAAUUCUUCUGUGCAACAUUACUUACGGAUUAGGGCUCUAAUCGUACCUAGAAACUUGGCAACCUUGCAACUAUUACACUAACGCUGCCGCGUCACAACAAUAUUAUUCUAUUGUGCCCUCUGCUCAUCAAUGCUGUCCUUAUACAGUCAGUAAGAUUACGUGAUUAAUACAUAGAACCGUGGUAAGAGCAGAUUCCCUGCUUGUGGCACAACCAGUGUGACGUUCCCAGGUAUAGCUGUACUUGUGUCAGGAAAGCAUGGAAAAUACCAGUCCAUGCUAUAGUCAUCAUUUUUAUUUUUUUCCACGUAUUUGUAGUGAUGGCCAUUUAUUUACGGCACUGAUGGUUCGCUUGCGUUACCAGCGCUGUUUCUGAAUUCAGCUCCUAUCAGCGCUGAUUCUGGGGGUGUUAUGUUUAGUUACAGUUGGUGCGCCAGAGUUUAGUUAAUCUGUAGAUGCCUGGUUGGCCAGUUGAUCUCAUUUCAUGGAAAGUUACUUUAAGGCUUGUUGCUGCUGUCUGCAUCUUGGAUAAUCCAUUUAAAAAUGGUGCUCUUGGUCCAAAAAAAAAUUAACUCAUUCAUUAUUGGACAAUCAGGCGUUUAAUAUAGAAUGACUGAGCACAUAGCUGUAAAUUGAAAACAAAA